AUGCCAAUAUGUAUAGAGUGCUGUUAUCCUGUUUCCCACCUUUAUACCUCGUACAGCAAGGCCGAUGAUCGCGCUUUGGGCAAGGGAGUCCGUCUGACACAAUGUCCUCGAUGUCAACGAUUUGCCGAUAAAUACGUCGAGCAUGAUUUCGUCGUUCUCUUCAUUGACCUUGUACUAAUCAAACCUCAGGUUUACAGACAUUUGCUCUUUAACAGGCUUGGGCGGGAUGAUGACAAAUUCGAUCGCUCGAUUAUCCGUCUCGGGAUCCUCAUCCUUCUUUUUGACGUGUACCUCUCCUGGGCGCGAAUUGAAAAGUCCUCCGCAAUCGCUACAUCGCCGCUUGGAAACACUCCAAUAAUAGUUCAAUACGUGUUUUUUCUCACACUGAAUGCCCUUGCAACUCUUGCACAUCAUGUUGCCGUUCGGUUCCUAGCUACAAUACUCGUCUUGAAGCCCGCGGCACAAUCUCUGAAGGCCCAAGAAGUCCCACAGCGUGCGAACACUCUCCCAUCAUCGCCAUCUGAUGUUAAUUCAGCCGGGAAUGCCAUAUCAGCCCAGUUUCCACUAAACUCUAGUCCAAUAGGCGGGCCAAGUGUUGCUGAUCUAAGCCGCUCAUCUUCUGGCAGUGACACAAUUGGCGAUGGAGCUCAUCAACAAGCUGCUGUUUCUCCUAACACCUUACCUAUGUUAUCUGUGGAAUCCGAGUUCCCUCCACCUCUUCGAAGGUCGUCUACCGCACCCCCGCAGAUUCGGCCAAUCCCUCCUCCAGCACUCGCCAGUCGAAAUGCAAUAAGUACAGCUCUCCUAGUUAGCAGUUGUACUAAGUUGUUUCCAAUACUUCUAGUUAUAUGGGGAACAGAUGCGUCGGGCGAGGGCCCGGGUGACCCUGAAACUCCAUCCCCCCCGCCUGGUAGCAAUGGAGGAGAGUCCAGCUUAAAUUUACCAUUGUGGUCAUCUCAAUCCCUUGAAUCCGUUGUUCACAAUACACUAUCCACCAUUUCACAGCCGUGGUCAUCACUUCUAUUGUCUAUCACUAACACCCAUCUCGUGCUGUUAAAUAAUAUUGAGGCUUUGCUCAUUCUCUUAGAUUGUGGCUAUAGUUAUGCUAUUGUGAUGACCCUUGGCGGUCAGUUGGCCAGAUGGGCGGUUGAAAGAUGUUUCUUAAGCCUCGUCGGUCUAUAA